UGCAGAAGUCAGUCCCUUCUUUUGAAACCAGUCAGAGAUGAAUCAUGUUUUGCCCGGGUUGUGGAAUUAAAGUGGAAAGCUCAUAUAACUUCUGUCCUGGUUGUGCCUUCAAGUUAUCGGACUUGAUUCGAAAUCAGAACCAUGAUGUGUCCACAUCAGCACAUCACCCCUCGAUCACUGCUCAGGAGAAGAACCAAAAGGAGGAACAAGACCAGGUUUCAACAGAUGUUGAUGAAAAACAAGAAAACACUGCCCAGAUAAAGGGUCAGCUGGCCAGUGAUGACUUGGAGCCAGACAAAGAUGGGGCGGCAGCACAGGACCCAUCAGAUAAGACUGCCAGCCAAGCCACACUGGAAAAAGGAGCAAUGCCCCCGUCCCCCAAAGAGACACUCGGAGUUGCAGAAGCAGUAACCACCAAGAAGACACAAGUUAUAGAUGCUAUAAAGGAGGAAGAGAGGCUUGCUGCUACAGCACCUGAGAGUAACGCUCAACCAUGCAGAGAGGCGGCUCCUGGAUCAAACCUGUCUGUUUGCUUGACACCUCCCUCCUCUACACAAGCAGGCGAUAAACCGGUGGAGCAACAAACAGAGGCCCCAUCAGAUAAUAGUAAAGACAACAGUCCUCAUGCUGAGAAGCCAAGUGAUAUUACCUUGAAGCCGUCGUCUAACUCUGCGUCAAAUCUCAAAUCAACUACAGAAACAGUCUCCAUUGCUCCUGAAACACCUCAACAAUGUGAUUCUGUGGCAAAGCAGUCGACAUUUGAACAAGGUGAAGAUAAGACAAUCUCUCAUGACAUACACAAUCUAUCUGGGAGACCAGAUGAUAAUCACACCAACAGUGAACAGCAGACGUUUGUUAUACAAACUGACAGAAGAGAAGACGAAGCAGCGAGAGACCAGAGUAACUCAGAUGACCCUGAUACCAAAACAACUGAGUUUUCCACUGAUCAACAUUCAGUAACAAAGGAAACUGCUCAAAGCACUGAGGCUGAUGAACCCAAAUCAGAUACGAAAAUAAACACAGAGGCAGAGAAACAGCAGCAAGGUAACAGUGAUGGAGUUGUCUCCAGGUCAAAACCCUCCUGCCCUCCUGAAAAAGUGGGUAUUCAAGUGGCAGCAAAUAUCUUGGAAACAUCUGUUGACCUUCAGACACCAGCACCACAAACUUUACCAAACAGUGAAUAUAUUCCUGUGUACUUCCAUGCUGUCACUUCCAAAGAUUUUCAUUUGGAUCCAGGAAAGGAUGAGAUUUUCUUAAUGUCUGGAGACAUAUUUGGAGAUUGGCAGAGCAAGGGCCUGAAAAUGUCCUUCUCUAGCCAAAUGCUGUCAUAA